AUGGUGAGAAUUGGAUCAGACUUUUUUCAAUCAUUUUUCAGAGAUGGAACAAUUGAUGGUCAAGUAGUAUACACCAUUUCUGAGCAAUCUUCUGAAAACUUUGCUAGUUCUUCUAUCACAUGCAGUGAUGACGGACAGUAUACUGCUGGGGGCUCAAAACUAUCAGAUGUGUGGUGCAAUACUCACACGUGCACACCAAAACCAACUGAACCAAGUGAAAAGAAAUGCAAUACCUGCAGCAUGGAUGGAAUCAUUAGAGAUAUGGGUGUUGAGGCUAUUCUGGUUAAUUACGAAGAAAAUCAAAAUUCAGAUGGAUGCAAAACAGCAAAUGUCACUUGUUCUGUAGCAAGUGGUUGGGAUUGUGCCGAUCUAUCUGUAUCGGCAUUAGCUGGUGCAGCAGUCUACACAAUUUCUCAGCAAUCCGCUGAAAACUUUGCUAGUUCUUCUCUCACAUGCAAUGAUGACGUACAGUAUACUGCUGGGGGCUUGUAA